AGCCCUAUAAAAUCGACGUCAUUAAUCUUCCUCCCUCUGCUCCUCUCCUCUCUGUUCUCGCCUCCGCCAUUGAUCGCCUCCUCGUGAAGCUGUGGGAGCAGCGGAGGCGCCGAAGUGCUUCUUGCCUUGGCCGAUCUCUCUGCGACUUGUAGCGCCUGCUCUUUCGUCUUCACCUCGGAGGCAUGGCAGAGGACCUUCGGCUUCCUGCUGAGCUCCUGGACGACGGUUUUUUCCACGGCUUCAUCGUCGACGACAACGACAAGGUGCGGGACCUGCUCAAUGAGGUGGAGCUCCGGCGGUGGAUCCAGCACCAGCAUCGGCUCCCGAAUCAAGCGAGGAACCCUAGUCCCUUUCUCGCCCAUCGUCAGCUGCAGGCGGCUCGAAUCCGGCACCUGAAGCAGCAGCAGUUAAUGCAGCAGCAAUUCUGGUUGGAAAGACAAAGGAACGCAAAAGGAGUCGGCGGCGGCCACUGCCCUAGUUUUUCUCCUUCCCGGCGUACUCCAUUUCAAGUCCAGCAUCAGCCCCUUCCCGCGUCUGGCAUGAAUACUGUCUUCCUUUCCGUCUCCGGCGCCAGAAAAGGACCCACUGGCACCGGCGUCUUCCUCCCCCGAACGUCCAACAACAAGCCCCAGCCGCAAAAGAAGUCAGAUUCAUUUCUGGGAAGAAGAACAAACCCUGUGAGAACAAGUCCACAGCCUGGUGUUGGUGCUGCUGCCAUUAGAACCCCCAUGAGCUGCCUUCCCCAGGAGUGGACCUACUGACCAACUUCACCAACUGUGCUCACGUUCAAUUCCCAAAUAAAGAAGAAGGAAACCAACAGGUCUUAGUGGAAGAGGUAGUGAGGCUGUGCUGGUUGCUGGUUGGGACAAUAAUUCAAUGUUUCUUAGGGUUUAGGGUUUGAGGUUUGUUGACAAUAAGGUCCUCGGUUACCUACUUUGGAGCCUCCAAGGACAAGCAAAGUCUCUCUUGGUUAUUGAUUUUGUUUGCUCUGCGUGCUGCAUCAAUUGGUAUCUGAGUUUUAGGGUUUUAGGGCUUAAGAUGUAUGGUGGUGUUUCUUCGUGCCGUGUGAGCAGGGAUAAUAAUAAUGAGCCAUUGAAGGGUGCCUUUUUUUUUUCUUUUGGUGAGUAGCAAUGUGCUUUUUCAUUGAAAUAAAUGAUGUGUUGGUGAUGACUUAGUGCA